UCGAUUUUUUCACUCGUGUCUAAUAUCUCGAGAGGGAAUAAACGAAUUCGGGCUCUGUUCGUACGAUUUAUGCGGUAAUUCCGUUGGAAUUUUCGUGUCGUUACUCGAUCGUUGUUACGCUAAACGGUAAUUCGCAUUGGAAAUAGAGUCGAACCGGUGGUUAGUGAGAAACGAAAGUGAGUCUCGUUCUACGAUCGUAAACUGUCUGGGAUAACCCGAUUGUAUUCCUGUCACGAUCCACCUUCCGCGUCCUUAAACAUGCUCGAUGAUUUGAACGGCUGAGCAAUCGAGAAACGAAAAUUGCCCAUCGAGGCAAGUUCAGUCACUGUCCUAAUUUAAUAUGACGUCUGGAAAUUUCGACCAAAGAAACCGACGACAUGUUUAGGAACCGAGAGAGAAGUGCAGCGUCCAUCGAUAUUGGAAAACGCGAUACGAAAUACGAGAUAAUUGGACCGUUUCGUAAAAUCGCCCCGAAAAUGUCGCUUUACUUUGGCUGCUUUUUAUUCGCGCUGAACUGCGUCGUAGACGCGAGUCCAGUUUCGAGGAACGAAUCCAACAUUCUGCGAAUCGGCAGGCCUCAAGACGCGUCGUCGAUAACGGCCAGGGUGACAAAUUUGAACAGCACCGAUUAUCAGAUGGAGAAGCAGACGUCGAAAGAUAGGCGCGGCCCGUUAAUUGAAUUCAGCAAAAACAAUCCGGAACUUGAUUGGAAGAAGUAUUUGAAGUUGUUCGACGAGAAGCAAGAGGAACACGAAGAUCUGGAUAUCGAUUUCAUGAAAGAAAAGUUGCAGAAGACGGCGAACAGUAUCCAAUGGCUGGUGGAUCUUUACGAUCCCCUCAAGUGGUCCAGAGUACCUGGUAAACUCGGCCACGACUGCAGGAACGAACUAGAAUCGUUUCUCGAGUCUCUCAAGGAUGGAAAGCUGUGGGCCGCCAAAAUGUCGGACGCGAGUGGCCGUUACUCAUCGCAAUUCCAUUUCGGGAACGGUUUCUGGCUUGGUUCGAGCACCCUCUGCAAAGAGCUAAAUGCCACCAGAGGAAGUAUUCGCCAGGAACUCGACGAUACUCCGCCCUAUGCGUUGAAAUUUCACGUAGCGAGGAUGUACCUGACGUUGCCCAAGGAACUCGAAUUCUCGACAAGACAAGUAUUUUUGGGUCUUUGCCUGCCAGCUACGUGCGACCAAGCAUCCCUGACUUCGAUGCUAAGAGCGAACGCCGAUCGAGUCGAGCGAGAAGGUAACUCGACUUAUCGAUCGACCGGCCCGAAGAUCCACAUCGUUGCGGUGAAAUCUGUGCCAUCGAGCAAUUACAACCCUUGGCGCGAUCCCAAGUCGUACGUUCUCUCCGGAGUUGCAGGCGCGCUACUAUUUCUGAUGAUCUGUGCGACUAUGUACGAGUACAGAAUACAACCGAAUGUCAAGGAUGUGGAAUCAUCCAGCGUAUCGAAUAACAACGAGAGACUGAGCAAUUUUUCCAACAAAAAUCUGAACCAAGAUGGCGAAGUGAUCCAAGAAAAUGGGGAGGAGCUGAUCGAAAAGGGGAAGAACUUGCAAAAAGAAUCGCCUGAUCGUUCUGAAAAUGAGAGCAAGAAAGGCUUCUGGCUAACGUGUCUAACAGCCUUCAAUCCUAUCGCGAACGGCAGCAAGAUUGUUAGCACCGAACCUGCCGCGAGAGAUAGCCUGACUUGUCUGCAUGGGCUCAGAGUGCUCUCACUGGGAUGGGUGGUCAUGGUGCACACCUAUCUUCAAGUCUUCUCCAUUGCUGAGAACAAAACCCUGCGUUCGGUGACAGAGCGGAAUUUUAUGUUCCAAACUAUCAGCAACGCCACCUUCUCCGUAGACACAUUUUUCUUCAUCAGUGGCUUGUUAGUUACGAUUCUCUUCUAUCGAUCUUCCGGUAGCUUGAAAAAUGACAAGGGCAUUUUCUGGAAGACAUGUUUCACCAAAUUUGUCAUCAUGAUCCUCUACAGAUUUAUCAGAUUGACACCGGCCUAUCUCUUUGUCCUGGGAAUAAACGAGAUCGCCAUCAAGUAUGCGCUAUCAAGGACGGUGUUCUCGCCAGUGAUCGUCGAUCAUUUGACAUGCGAAAAGUUUUGGUGGAGAAACGCAUUGUACCUUAACUCGCUCUACCCUCGUACCGAGAUGUGUAUGCUGUGGAGCUGGUAUAUGGCGAACGACACACAGUUCUACGUUCUCGGAAUACUUUUGCUUCUUCUAUCUAUCAAAUACCUGAAGGCCAUCAUCGUCGUGAUUCUGCUAUUGAUCGCCUCUUCGUGGUUUACCACCUUCUCCGUCGCCUAUUCCAACGAUUACAUCGCCAGAAUCCAAGAACCGUUUGCGCUUUUCGACGAGCUGUACGAUAAACCUUGGCUGAGAGCUGGCCCUUACUUCGUUGGCAUCAUCACCGGUUAUAUUUUGUUCAGAACGAAUUGCAAAUUGAAAUUGCCUCUGAUCGUACGAGUAAUCGGCUGGGUAUUAUCUACUGCCAUAAUGUUCUCGGUAGUUUACGGUCUAUAUCCCGGAAACUUAACCGUGCCGGUGAGUUCCGUGUACGCCGCCUUAGGACACACCGCCUGGGCGAUUGGUGUAUCCUUCAUCGUGAUUCAAUGCUGCACCGGGUACGCUACAAUGAUCGACAGUCUGCUGUCGCUCAAACUGAUAUAUCCGCUAUCGAGGUUGACUUACUGCGCGUACUUGGUGCAUCCUGUCAUCAUGAUGGUCACCGUAUCCCAGAUGGAUGGGCCGCUCCACCUUCACAACAAUAUCGUGCUGAUCUUGUACUUUGGCAAUCUGGUCGCCUCCUACUUGAUGUCCUUCUGCAUUUCCAUCGCGCUCGAGGCGCCCAUCGUCAAUCUGCUCAAGAUCGCUUUCAUGUCGAAGAAGAGGAUAAGAUAGAGAAAGAUCGAGCGUAGAGUGUAUCGCGCGAUCGACGCUAGGUGAUGGACGUUCCGAUUUUUCUCACAAUAAGCGCGUUAUUAAAAACCUGCUACCGACCUCCUUCUUCCUCAGGAUUCAAUCGUAGCUCUCCAGUGAAAGAGGAAAGAAUCCCCAGAUAUUUUCGGGACGAAGAUAAAAGCCGCUUUCGUGCAUCUAUUUUUCUCGACAAUGAUACAAUACACUGCUGUCGUGCUUUGACAAUUCAGACGAUGCGAAAUCAAUGCGAUUUCGUCGUACUUGAUAGGAACAUGUGUGCACAGACGCUUAUGACUGUCGUAAAGUAUAAAUCAAAGACAAAUGCGUUUUCCGUAGAAUACAGGCGAUCAAAGGCGCUAAUUAAAUUCGUAAUUUCGCAGAAAAAGCGAGCGUUUAUUUUGUCUCGCUCUUCGUUCAUGUCAAGAGUGUGAGAGAGAUUCUUCGCAAAGUAUGGCCGAAACAAUAGGCUUCUCGCGUGUUAUUUCAUACGAUUCCAAUAGCGUUUUUACCGUUGAUCGCGAUCAUGUGCCACGAGAGUAUUUACAAUUGGUGCAGUAAGGAAACUUGGACGAAAGUUGGAAAUCGAGCGAAGAUCGAAAGAAGAAACGACCGGGAGCAGUGCCCAGCCGCCGCUAGUCCGGUUCAACGAAAGCAGAAGAAAUUGGAAAGCGAUAAAAGCGGCGAGGCAAUUGUAGCUUAAGACCGAACUUUAAAUAACUAAGAUCGAUAGCACACCUGUUCGCGGGUGUCAAUAGCGAAAGAAAAUGUUUGUACAAAGAAUUGAAAAAAGCGUUUCAUUUUAAACGUACUAGUAUUUUCCGAGCGACGAAUAUCUUGUUUGCGUGUGCGCCGAAACGACAGAAAUAGGAAAGCGCGUGAAACUUAGAUCGAAGAAAAGAUAAAUCGAUGUUUGCGCGAUCUCUGACGCUGUUUCACGCUUGGACGAAAUUUAACGUUAGUCGGACGUGAUUCAUUUAAAGUCGCGUUGCUUCGUUAAAUUACAAAAAGCAGUUGAAAAACGAGUACGUUUUUCACGUCAUUCUUUCUUAGAUACUAACUCGAAACACGUCUAUUCACCGCGAAAAGAAAAGAAAGACUGUCGUCACGUAGGCGUUAUAACCGUUAGGAAAAAAGAAAAAUAUUAUGCAAAGCGUGCCGAAUCUCUUCUGCUGCCAACGGCUAAAUUAAAAAUCACUGAAACGUAAUUGAUAUUUGGAGUAAAAGAUUAAUCGUAAAAAGGAGUUUCUCGUGUAAACCAACUCGUGAACCAACAUUCGCGGUGUAAAAAGUAACCUUACCUUUUUUUCAUCCUUUAACGUAAAAAACGUAACGGAAAAAGCAAGUAAAUAUACGCGGGCAGAAACGAGCACGAAGGAAAAUAUGUAAACAGCGCACAGAGUAAUUCUGGCCUAGUACUCGUGCACGCGUGUUCGAUCUUUGCGUGGUGCUACGUGCUCGGAAGCGCACGAUUAGUAAUGCAAUUAACGUGCCGUCAAUUACGGCCGUAUAACGUCCAUUUCACGCGAUUAUCGCAACGCGACCGACUGUCUCGCACUUGCAUCAUCUGUCGCGUAUAUCAAUGCCAUGACGUUUCCCUUCUCUUUCUGCGUAUUCUCGAAACCUGCUUAUAAAUUUCACUUCUUUCCCUUUCACCUUUUCAUUCUUCACCUCCUCUUUGGGAAUACUUUGAUUCGCUUCGCGAUUCCGCUAUUUCCGCGCUAUUAUUAAACUAUUUACAGCGCAGUGCUGAAAGAUCUUCGAGCUAAGAUCGCGACGUAUUUUCGAAGAAAUUUUGGUUCCGUUCCAGUCCCGGAGAAUCCAGAGAAUCCAAGAUCAGAGUUGUCCAGUACGGUUUACGAUUCACCACGAAGCUGUAGCCAUCAAACAGUGGUCAGAAAUCGAAAUGAAAUCGAAUGCUCGCGGCUCGAGCCAAACCGAAAUUCUGCAAACUGUCUUCCACGUGAAUUUUCUCGUUCCGCUUCUAAUAACGAUUACCAAAAAAAUCAAUGGAACUUUCACGAGACGGAACGUUCGCAAAUCGAAUAUCAUGGAAUAUGAUUUUCGAGGCAGUGAAAUUUCCAAGUGAUUUCAGAAGCGAAUUUUCAUCUCCGAAAUAGCAAUAUCCGAUAACUGGAAUCGAAGGUUGGAAAGAAAUGAGACGAGAAGAGUAAAAAUUUACGAGGAUCCUCGGUCGGAUAACUAGUUGGUUAAUGGAAUCGAAUGCAAAUCAGGCAGGGCUGUAUUUCGUAUUUGUAGUCGAGCAAAUAGAUACGGUUAAUCGGCAUAGUCGGCCCUACAGCAACCAGAGUCUAAUGCUAAUACAAGUACGAGCAUCCCUCCAUUGACAAUCCAAUUUACGUAUAUAUCCUGUGUAGCUUCUAAAGUGCAUCGUCUGAAUCGAAUUCGAAAUGCGCGUCGAUUUUCGGCCGACUUCUCGACCAUCGUUUUAAUUGAGCAAAUACCGUGUAACGAAUAACGAUUUAAUGCGUCAACGAAGAUUAUUAUUGGAACGUUGCAUGUCGUUAAUCAGUUGCAGAUAACGAAUCGGACGAUAUGAUCGGUAAUUUAGGAUCGAAUACUUUAUCCUCGCUCGUUAGAGGCGGUAACAAGUUGUGCGCAACUUCGACCCGGUUAAUUUUUCAUUGUUCUCUCAAUUAUUCGCAUACGUGUAACGUUCAUGGCUGGAAAGUUUCACGAACUUUCCAUGUUUCGAUCAUCGAAUUUAUGUUAUUCUCGACUACUGCUCCAUUUAAUCUACUCGUAAUUUUACUCGUUAUUCUCAACCCGAUUUUCAAAAGUUACGCGUUUCAUGCACGUCC